GUUGUCUUUCCUUCGUUUACUUCUGCAUCUGAGAGCCCUGUCACGGGUGCCGUCUUGCUGCUUCUAUCCGUUGCAUGUUGGCAUGGAUAUCGAAAGGUUCUCAUUCGCUGCUACUAGUCCACCGUUAUCGGUGAUCGUUGCUGCUAAGCUUGCUGGAAUUUCUUUUCCGAUUGAUUCGUCGUUACCCUCUGACUCUGCGCCAACGUUUCUCUUCCCCACUGGGCUAAAAUUGCGUGGAACAUGUGUUCUUCUACGAUAUAUUGGUCGAGUUGCCAGCAUUCCCAAUUUCUACGGGAAAAAUGCAUUAGAAUCUGGCCAGAUUGAUGAAUGGCUGGAGUAUGCUCCUGUCUUCUCAUCAGGCUCUGCAUUUGAGAAUGCAUGCAAAUACAUUGAUGAGUACUUGGAGAGGCGCACUUUUUUGGUUGGUCAUUCUUUAUCAGUGGCAGAUAUAGCAAUCUGGUCGGGUCUUGGUGGAGCGGGACAGAGAUGGGAAAGCCUGAGGAAAUCAAAAAAAUAUGUGAACCUUGUGCGAUGGUUCAAUUCAAUAGUGACUGAACAUGGUGAUGCAUUGAAUGAAAUCACAGCAACUUAUGUUGGGAAAAGGGGAUUGGGAAAGCCAGCAACUAAGUCAAAAGACCAAGUCACUGCAGAUCACAUGAAGAAUGUGAAUGGGGAUGUCUCUGAGAAGGCAAAAGCAGGAAGCAGGCCUUCAGUGGAAGUAGAUCUUCCAGAUGCUGAAAUUGGAAAAGUUCGCUUGCGGUUUGCGCCAGAACCUAGUGGCUAUCUUCAUAUUGGACACUCAAAAGCAGCUCUAUUGAACAAAUAUUUUGCCGAGAGAUAUCAAGGCCAAGUUAUUGUGCGAUUUGAUGACACAAACCCUGCUAAAGAAAGCAAUGAAUUCGUGGACAACGUUCUGAAAGAUAUUGAUACAUUAGGUAUCAAAUAUGAAACUAUAACAUAUACAUCAGAUUACUUCCCUGAGCUAAUGGAAAUGGCUGAAAAAUUAAUUCGUGAGGGUAAAGCAUAUGUUGAUGACACUCCCCGUGAACAGAUGCAGAAAGAGAGGAUGGAUGGUAUAGAAUCAAAAUGUAGGAACAAUAGCGUAGAGGAGAAUCUGAAAUUAUGGAGGGAAAUGAUUGCUGGAACAGAGAGAGGCCUGCAGUGCUGUGUCCGUGGCAAGUUGGAUAUGCAGGAUUUAAACAAAUCACUGCGAGAUCCUGUUUAUUAUCGAUGCAAUCCAAUGCCCCAUCAUAGGAUUGGAUCCAAGUAUAAGGUGUACCCAACUUAUGAUUUUGCAUGUCCAUACGUUGAUGCUAGAGAAGGUAUUACACAUGCCCUCCGAUCCAGUGAAUACCAUGACCGCAAUGCUCAAUAUUACCGGAUUCUAGAGGACAUGGGGAUGAGAAAGGUUAACAUUUAUGAGUUCAGUCGAUUAAACAUGGUGUAUACUCUUCUCAGUAAGCGCAAGCUUUUGUGGUUUGUCCAAAAUGGAAAGGUUGAUGGAUGGGAUGAUGCACGAUUUCCAACCGUGCAAGGGAUUGUGCGGAGGGGCUUGAAAAUUGAAGCAUUGAUACAGUUUAUUGUUGAGCAGGGCGCAUCAAAAAAUCUCAAUCUCAUGGAAUGGGACAAGCUCUGGACCAUUAAUAAGAAAAUAAUUGACCCGGUCUGUCCCAGACAUACUGCCGUCAUUGCAGAGAAACGUGUAUUGCUGACCCUAACUGACGGUCCUGAGAAGCCAUUUGUUCGCAUUAUACCUAGGCACAAGAAGUAUGAAGGUGCUGGAGAAAAAGCAACAACAUACACCAAUCGGAUAUGGAUAGACCAUGCCGAUGCAGCAUGUAUAUCUGCAGGUGAGGAAGUGACGUUAAUGGACUGGGGGAAUGCUAUCGUGAAGGAAAUAGAGAAGGACAAUGAGGGUAAUGUCACACGGUUGAGUGGCGUCUUGCAUCUUGAAGGAUCUGUGAAGACGACAAAAUUAAAACUUACUUGGCUACCAGAGAUAGAUGAACUAGUUAACCUCACAUUGGUUGAGUUUGAUUAUUUAAUUACGAAGAAAAAGCUUGAAGAAGGGGACGAUUUCCUAGAUGUUCUUAACCCCUGUACAAAGAAGGAGACUGCAGCAUAUGGAGACUCAAACAUGAGAAAUUUGAAGCGUGGAGAGAUAUUGCAGCUGGAGAGGAAGGGAUAUUUCAGGUGUGAUGUACCCUUCUUGCGGCCUUCAAAACCUAUCGUGCUCUAUGCAAUCCCUGAUGGGAGGCAGCAGACAAGUUUGAAGUAAUCCUUUGUUUUUUGCCCUUUCCUAGUAAUUGGUAAAACAUUAAAAAAUACUUAAGAGCUCCUAUAUUAAUGUUCAAUUCUUAAGUGGGGAUCCCAAGGUUGUGGAAUUAUGACAGUGAAUCUCUCGGGGCUAGCUGAUAUCCUAAAUGGUGAACGCUUGCUUUAAAAUGACAAGUUUUGUUGGGGAUUUUAUUGGCACUCAGGCACUACAAUAUAAUUGUUUACCAAACUGCCCCGUACUUGUAACCAUCGCUGCCACUUGUUAGCAUUAUUAUUUCUCAUUUAAUAAACGACGUAUCGGUAA